AUGGGCUCUUCAUUCCUCUGGUUGUCGCUAUGCUUUUGCAAUCUGUUCCUCGCAGCUUCACCAGCUCGGGGGAUGGUGACCCCCCCGACAUUUCAAAUCGUCACAUCACUUACAUCCUUUGAUUCCGCCAACGUCUCCUCCUGGAGUGGUGGCGGGGGAGCCCGAAGGCAGAUUGCACUUGACUCGAUGCACCCUUUUGCUGGUCGCGAGUUUGGAGGCUCAGACCGUUCAAACCUCAGAGGAAGUAGAGCUUUCGGAAGUGGAUACCCAUAUGGCGCAUCCUCAACAGACAGCAUCGCUGGACGACCCUUCCCGUAUGGGGUGUGGCCUAUCUACUGGGGAGGGAACUUUAUGGGUUCCGAAGAAUAUGGACCACACUUGGACAGCAUUCGACCAGGUGGACAACUCGUACUCCACGAAAUCAAGGGAUCGACAGAACGGUGGAACGUGACGGACGAUGAGACGUACUACAUGCUAUGCGACCGCGAGACGGCGUUUGCGAUAAUGACGAGCUUUGUCACUUGGUGUGACGCAUUGCCUGUGUGGCCCGUUGUCUUCAAUAUCACAGGGGCUGGGGUCGGAGAAGGCAGAGCGGGUAACAUUACUGUGGAUGUCAGCAAUGUGGUGCGCUAUUAUCGCGCGAGUAGCUUUGCGUUCCUCUUUAGAGGAUACAAUAAUACCAAAGCCAAAACCCCAAACUCCGGUGCGACCGACGCCGACAGUGAUCCCCUGCCUGAUCUGGUCACGUAUUCACUUUUCCGCAAAUGCCUGUCAGGAGUGAUAGAAAAUGCGCUCCCAAUCGUUGAUCGAAUACCACAGAAGAGUAAGACAGGAAUGAUCAUAGGAAUCGUGUUUGGAGUUGUUAUCGGACUUGGUCUGCUAUGUUUCUGCAGCAUGGGGAAGAGAAGAAGUCCAAACUACUGA